CGCCAUGGUCACCCACAGCAAGUUUCCCGCCGCCGGGAUGAGCCGCCCACUGGACACCAGCCUGCGCCUCAAGACCUUCAGCUCCAAGAGCGAGUACCAGCUGGUGGUGAACGCAGUGCGCAAGCUGCAGGCGAGCGGCUUCUACUGGAGCGCCGUGACCGGCGGCGAGGCGAACCUGCUGCUGAGCGCCGAGCCCGCCGGCACCUUCCUCAUCCGCGACAGCUCCGAUCAGCGCCACUUCUUCACGCUCAGCGUCAAGACCCAGUCGGGGACCAAGAACCUGCGCAUCCAGUGCGAAGGGGGCAGCUUCUCGCUGCAGAGCGACCCCCGGAGCACGCAGCCCGUGCCCCGCUUCGACUGCGUGCUCAAACUGGUGCACCACUACAUGCCGCCCCCGGGAGCCGCCUCGGCGGCGCCCUCCCCGCCGCCCGAGCCUGCCUCGCCCUCCGCCGAGGUGCCCGAGCAGCCGCAGCCUCCGGCGCAGCCGCCCCCGGGGGGCGCCCCGAGGCGAGCCUAUUACAUCUACUCGGGUGGGGAGAAGAUUCCUCUGGUGCUCAGCCGGCCCUUGUCCUCCAACGUGGCUACCCUCCAGCAUCUCUGUCGGAAGACUGUCAACGGCCAUCUGGACUCCUAUGAGAAGGUCACCCAGCUGCCUGGACCCAUACGGGAGUUCCUGGACCAGUAUGACGCCCCCCUUUAAAGACUACGGACAGGGUCGCGAGGGGGGCCUGGCGUCCCCCGGUUCGGGCACGUGACACAAGCACAAGCAUCUAGCCAGGAGGGGCCCCAGGCUCUUGGAGAUGCGGGUGGACAGGCCCCUCCCUCGCCCCGCCCCGCCCCUGCCUGGGGCUGCGGGACAGGGACUGGGACUGUCGGAAGCCAAGGGGCAGCGCCACCUGCGCUCCCCUCCCCCUUCCAGCUUUUCCGGAGGAGCCGGCUGGCCUGUGGGACAAUAGCUGCGACAAGUGGAUUCUCCUUUCUGACUUCCUCUACACCCCCUCGGGUUCUGACUCCACUCGGGAGCUGAACUGAGAAGGGCCGAGAAGCCUCAAAUUCCCAGAGGAACUUGUUAGCCUUUGGUUUGGUUGAACCCGGAGCAGGUUGUGGAACCUGGGGAAGGAUGCAAGAGAGGGAGCCCGGGGGUUCCCUGGGACUUCCGGCUGGCCAAGGAAAUGGGGUCUCUCUGCAGAAUGCAGGUGAGAAGGGGAGGUGCUUCUCCCUGGCUCCAGGGGGGAGCAGAGCAGCGCAGAUCUCUUUGGUGCCGCGUUCCCGCUCCUCAGGCCGGUCACAGGAACCCAUCCUGGGAGGAGAGCCCCAAGACCCUCCCCCAUUUAAGGGUGAAGUGGCACGGCCUGAGGCUGGCCCUUUCCCAGCCAGGCUGCAAAGGGAGCCGGGAGAGACAGAAAGGGGAGGUGGGGGGGCACUUUCCGCUUGGUCUGACUAGGAGAUUCGCCUUAAAUGCUCCCUGUCCCAUGGAUAGGGAUGGCACCUGGAAGCCACUGCUCCGGGCCAGGGGAGCAGGGGGUGGUCCGCUCCCAAGCACCCCCUGUGGGAAGUGGGUGGAGGGUGGAAUCCGCACCCUCCUCUGGUGGUCCACUCAGUCACCAGGUGUCCCCCCAGGCCCUGCAUAGCCUCUCCUCCAGGGAGAGGCGGGCAGGAAGUCUGCCCUGGCGCCUGCCUUCCCCGUGGCCCCCUCCCUCUGCAAUAGCACUGAUCAAUGAAAUCUGCAGGAAUGUAUCCACCGCGGAAUCACCUGGAACUGGGGCUGUGGUGGGGGCAGAGAAGCAAGAAACAUCUACACACAAAGUGUGUGUCCGCUGUUGAGGCUGGGUGGAGAACAGCUGUGUGUUGGGGUGGUUACAUUGUUUUGGCUUUUUUUUUGUUUUGUUUUUGGUAUUGUUAUUUUGUGUGUAUUUUUGUUUUGGGUUUGUUUUUUUCAAUAAUGUUUACAAUCUGCCUCAAUCACUCUGUCUUUUAUAAAGAUCCCACCUCUAGCCCUCGCCUCCCUACCCCUUCACCCCCCGGCCUUCCAGGCUGUUCGGAGAUGCUUGAACUCAACAAAAUACCGAUCCAAGUCAAACUUUGCACAUAUUUAUAUUUAUAUUCAGAAAAGAAACAUUUCAGUAAUUUAUAAUAAAA